AUGAAAACCAAAAGCACGACUGGCCUGAUCAAUAGGCGCGCUAAAAAAGCCGUCGCGCCUCAGUCCGUUGUGAAAGACGAAAACAAUAGCGACAUUGUCGCGCAGAAUGAGGAAGAUGAUUCGAGCACUUACAAGCCGCGACCACAACUGCCGCACCCGAACGUUCACAUGCGAAAUAUGGCGAGUCUGAUAAAGGAGCUCGAAGAUGGCACCAUCGAUGUUGACCCGGAAUAUCAGCGGGAGGUUGUUUGGACAGCGGAUCGCAUGACUGGCUUGAUAAACUCGUUGAUGGAAAACUACUACAUCCCUCCGAUCAUUCUGAACAAAAAGACGGAUCGUAUCUCAAGCACUGGACAAACACGUGCCACCUUUGGAGAGAAAUGGUGGUUUUGCGAGGCUCCAGGCACUAAGCGCAAACGCUUACUCCCGCUAAAGGCCCAGAGAUUCUUUCUAGAGAAAGACUUUGUUACCUUCCAGUUCGCAGAGUUGACCCAGGAGCAAGAGGAGGACUUGUUUGCCAGAGUUCAGAUGGGUGCCCAGCUUAGUGCAGCCGAGAAGAUACGAGCAAAAUCGGGACCAUGGCAGGAACUAGCAAAGCUCUUCGUACAAGAUUUCCCCGUCAUCUACGAGUUGACGAAAGACCGAAGUCGCGCAAAGGAUUUCCAAAUCACCAUGGCCUGUUUUCGUCAGAUUAUUGAAGUCAGGAGUUCACGUGCAACAAAUGGAAGCGGAAUUCCAGUCUUCGAGGCAGCCUACAACGCAGUCCCUAAACUGCUAGAUAAUUCGUCAUCAGUCACUGAUGCUACAAAAUCUCAUCUUGCAGCCGUCUGGAAAACCUUUAGCGAGCUUGUAGAGCUGGAUCCCGAUAUCUUCACUAACGCGAAUAAAUAUCUGCGCGGUGUUCAAACUUUUGCACCUAUAGAGAUGGUUGGUGUUGCUGUCCUGAUUUCUAUGUACUUAGAAGUGGGUCACGAAGUUCUUUUAAGAGAUAUCAGGAUACUCCGCGAAACGCUUCGCGAGUCCUUCUCAGAUCUUCGCCUUAAUCGCCAGGUCUGGAAAUCCAUAUGGGAGAUCAUUGACGGCUUGCAAGCGAUUCGCGGUGGUGUGGAAGACGACAUUACAGAAAAACCGCCCCCGUCUACAGUGUUGGGCUCGGCAUCAAAUAUUCAGUCUUCCAUCUCAGCAAAAGUAUUACUAGACGGUUUCAAGAAGAGGGCUGCGCCUGAGACCCUCUCGAACGCUACAUCGUCACCACAAAAGUCGGCUAUUGAAGCCGAAUCUUCAAACAUGCCGCCAAUGAAACGACGUCGCAAGGGCUCGAAGCCAGCAGAUGCGAUCGUUUCGAACAAUCUUCCAAGUAACAAUGUCAUGCCGCAAACAAUGGGGAGUUUUCCACCUUACCCAUCCCAAAUGGCUCCAGCGCGUUCCGAAGAUCACGGUGCUUUUACACCUAGUCAUACAAAGAAAGAGAUAAAGGGCGUCAUUGUACCUGUGUCUCCACAGUUGCCUGUUAUAGCUGGCCUUGAUGCACCAGCGUUAUCACGACAAGUAGCUCCUUCAUCACUGGACUCAUCUGCUCCCCGGGUACGUGCAAAACCCAACACCAAAAGACGCAUGCCUGUUUCUCGCCCGACGAAAGAACAAAUGAGUGAAACGAUUGACCUCACUGGUGAUACCCAAUAA